AUGGCCUCGACAGCACGGCCACCUACAGUGCCUCUGGUCAUCGCACCAAAGGCACUCGCCUCUUUGAUCGAGGCCGACAAAGCAAGCACCAGCAAGGUGCGCAUCCUUGACGCCACAUGGUUCAUGCCCAACACGAACCCGCCUCGCAAUGCAUUCGAAGAGUUCAAAGCAGGACCUCGACUGCCCAGAGCCCUCUUCUGGAACGUUGACAAGGUGGCAACCGUCGGGGAAAGCGUUCGCAACCUUCCUCAUAUGAUGCCUUCCCCAGCUACGUUCGCCGAGGCAGCAUCGAUGCACGGCAUCGAGCCAGACACUCACGUUGUUGUCUACGACACACAUGGAGUCUUUUCCGCUCCGCGCACAGCGUUCACGUUCAAGGCAUUCGGCCAUCUCAAUGUGUCGGUCCUCAAUGGCGGGCUCCCAGCAUGGGUCAACAACGGCCUUGCGACAGAAUCUGGCGAACCGGCAUCGGUCUCGAAAUCCAAGUACCCGGAGCCAGUGCUGCAGGAUGGCAUCAUCCGCUCGUUUGACGAGAUGUUGGCCAACGCCAAAAUGGGCGCUCGAGCUCAGACUGUAUUCGACGCACGCUCCAAGGGCAGAUUUCAAGGCACGGAUCCGGAGCCUAGGCCAGGUCUUUCUUCCGGCCACAUCCCUAACAGUCUCUCGCUCCCCUUUCCCAACCUGCUCAAGACCGAGACGGGCAAGGAUGGCAAGCAGUAUACGGUGCUCAAGGACCAGAUCGAAUUGUGGAGGACACUGAGUGAUACGGUUGGAGGUAUGGAAGCACUCGACAAGCUCAGACAGGCUUCCAGUGGUGGAGAGCUUGCCGCUACUAACACAUGCGGCUCGGGUAUGACGGCAGCGGCUAUCUGGUUGGCGCUGCAGGAAAUCGGGGUGCAGAGCAGCAUCUAUGACGAGAGCUGGAUGGGUUGGGCGUCGAGAGAGAGUCAAGGCGCGCCCAUUCACAAAAUUGCCUAA